AUGUACCGGCAUGGGAAAGCGGGCGUGAAGAAUGAUCCACGCCCAGACAUCGGUCAUCGGUGCUGGAUGCCCUCCGCCGACGACUUCGCGCCGACUUUUGAGUUCGACUCGUCCUCGCCGCCGGUGGAGGCACCCGACGCCUGGCCAUCCACCAGCCCACCGCAACCUGCUAAGAGCAAGAAGAAGAAGAAGGGCAAGGGCAAGAAGCAUGAGUCUCGGGAAGACGGUGACGAGUCAUCCUCCUAUCCAAAAUCGAUAACACCAUCUCCACCGGUCGGUCAUGAAGGACCUUCAAAGGUUGAUUACAACAGGGUGGAGCCUGCACCAGCACACCUAGUCGAUGUCGCGCCAGACAGCUCACCCGAAGAUUUGUUACUAGAGGAUCAUGAUGUAUCUGAUCUUCCACCGCAGAGGCCGCCAACAGAGGCAGCUGCUGCGAACAGCUCGCCUUCGACAGCACAGCCAUCAGCAAAAUCUCCCAAACCUGCCAUCGUAUCACCUCAACCCCGUCCGGCGAGCAUAUACAGCCCUCGCGAUCGCCGAGACAGUCCAGCAGCAAUUCGGACUCCUUCAAUACCCGUACAGAGCUCGCGAAGAGAGUCGUUUGCAACCCAGCAGCCGGUGCGGCCAGGCUUCGUCGAUCCACCACCACCACACAUGCCGCAAGCGCACUACUUCUCUCUCCCAGAUUUAGGGCUUGGCUUCAACCAGAAGCAGGAGACUGGCAAACCCGCCGGCUCGAAUGGAUAUUGCUGUCGUCUUGACUCGCUCGCCGACGGAGGUGAUGUGGCAUCAACAAAGAAGGCGCGUGAUGCCUUACUCGUAGGCUGUGAAGGCGGACUAGAGGUGUUCCGCAUUCUGCCCAACAAGCUUGAAGUUAUAGGUCGCCUUGAAGGCCUUUCUGGGGCGGUAAUUGGGGCCAAGAUUCUGCCGCACAAUGAUCGGACGGAUCCCUUGCAAGCUCUGCGACCGUUGGUAGCGGUGAUUUUGCACGGACAAAUCGUUGAUCCGAGCGAUGAAGAUGGACUGCAGAAUCAAGGGACAGCAUCGCGGUACUUUCAGACUGUGGUCGAGGUAUACUCGUUGCAAACACAGCACUACAUUGCGACGCUAUAUCGCAGUGCGCCUGUGGCGUUGGAGAAGCCCGCGGUCGGGCAGGUGUCGUCGCUUCCUCCGCCCGUGGGAGACCUCCAUGUCGAUGCAUCCGGUCGUUUCAUCACAAUCAGCUCCGGGAUAAGUGGUGAAAUCUGGGUCUUCACCGCAACGCCAAAUACCGGACUCGACGUGGCCCAAUACCGAUGCAUUGGCAAGUUCUGGACUGUGCUGUCAACGGGGACGACUGGCGCGAAAGAUGGCAGCACGAUUGACCAUGAGGCUACAGAAUCGCCACACGCGCCGAUCUACAGCUUGAGCCGACGUUGGCUUGCGAUUCUGCCGCCGUCUUCCAGCUCGAACAUUUCAAUUCAGGGUGCGCCGUUACUGUCCGAGAUCAACCCCAGUCCGCCUGGUGUAGGAUCUCAUGCAGCGCCGGGCCAACCCUCCGUAACUUGUGAUGUCGUUGAUACUGAUAUAGAAGGGACGUGGAGUCGGCUAGGGAGACAGGCUGCACAAGGGCUCGUGAAAUACUCUCAGAGAGGCAUAGAAAUGGGCUUGCAAGGGUGGAAGGAACUGACUCAACCUUCACCGCCGAAUGCACGGCAACUCCAGGAACGCGCCAAUGCCAAUGAUGAAUUCCCACCCACUAAGGCCUUUUCUGACGAUCCCAGUCGCGCCGCAAAAGAACCCGCUCUGGUAUCGAUCAUCGAUUUGCAGUCCCUCCUGCAGUGGGAGGCGCUCAAACCAAAACACGCUCCUUCUCCAAUGGCUACUUGCGCGCUGGUCGAGGGCUGCAAGUUUCUGUCUCUGUCGUGCACAGGGAUGCGACUAUUGACGACGAGCCGCAAAGGAGAAACCUCGACGGUUUGGGAUCUUCGACAAGCCGCCCACGGCGUGCCCAGACAUCGUAGCAUGCGUGAAGACGAUGUCAGCACGAGUCCGUGCAUCAGACAGCUGCAGAGAAUCGUACGCAACACUCCAUCCACCAUUCUGGACUGCGCGUGGUCAACGAAUGACGAUGCAUUAGCGUUGCUCACCGCGCAUGGGACUGUACACCUGCACGAAGUAGUCACUGUAGCUCCACUGAGGAAACGCAAGCGAACUGGCACUGUCACCGCACCGAAGAUUGAGAAAGCAGAUGCCACCGUGGGCCUGUCCGAAGGGCUUUCACCACCAAGUAGUAAUCAUGGAUUUCUCGGCAGCAUCAAGUCGAGCUGGUCAGCCGUCAGCACUCAAGUGAGCUCAAUACGUGGUAGCAAUCCUUCUACGGGGCUUGGAAUACCGACUACCUUUGCAGGAUUCCGCGAGGCUACUGCUGCUGCAGGCAACGCCGGGUCGCGAGCUGUCGCGAGAGGGCUGAGCCAGGGUUAUACUGCUGCUAAGGGUGGUGCGAGCGAUUAUUGGCAUGCCGACGACAACAAAAUCCGGCAUACAAAGGCAUUGCAAGAGCCACACUCGGCAAGGUCUCUGGCUUGGAUCAAGCGAAACAAUACGGUCUCGAUCGCCAUCGUUUGCGGUGGAACCGUCCACAUCCAUCCUGUCCAGCAUGUGGUCAGACGCAAAGGAGACGAUGUUGUGAGUGGCCUCAAACACGAGAAAUACGCCCACAAAGCAUUUCCACUGCCGCGAAUCCACACGCGUGCGGAAGUGAGAGACAACGCCUCUAUCAAGCCUGACACGUGUGCCAGCGAGGGCCCUCAUGGCUUCUGGAGCCUCAAGCAUUCAACAUCAUCACCGCCUGUCGGUACACAGCAUACAAGAUCUGCCGCAGGACCGGACAGUGACGUGGAGACGAACCCGCCAUAUUGUCCAUUCCAUGUCGACUCUCGCGUCAGCAUCUUUACGUACGAUCAAAAUCGCAGUGGCAGUCAAAUAGGUCCUACGACGGCGUACGAGCAGUUCAAGAGCCAAGGCCAUGGAUCAUCCGUCGAAACGCCAUGGACAUUUGGUGGACCGCUACCACCAAGCAUCAAGCUGAACGACCGCCAAUCAGACGAUGCCGAGUACAGCGACUUUGAUGCACCGGGCGGCGAUCUCGAAGACGAAGACGAGCACGAUGUUUCCAGCCAGAUGGAAAGCAAGUUGACAAUCAAGUCCGCGCGCCGGAGAAGCGAAGAAGUCGGCGACAUCCGCAUCAACACUCGUCGAAGGCAGGGUAAAGCGAAUGGUGGCGUGUCGCAUAGCGUUGGCAGAGCUGAUGGCGAGUUCGAGGUGUUCGAGGAGGAUGCAAGAGCCUGGUGA